AUGAAAGGAUCACAUGCUCUGGUAUUCGCCAGUAUUAUCCACAGCUUCGCAUUAGCCCACGACGUUGGAGCAGAAGGAUACUUUGACCCCAGCGAUGGUGAAGCAUGGGAGCUGAACUAUGGUUAUUAUCCAUAUCGAUCAUACCAAACCACCGACCUUAUCUCGCCACAAUUCAGGACUUUGAUUGAUUCGCCCGAGUGCCACGAUGACCGACAUGUGUUUUUCACUCCUCGAGGAUUCUCUAUCGCAGCACCUGGACCAAUGAUCGUGGACAGUUACGGCGAACUCAUUUGGGCAAAGAGUACAGAAGGACAGGCAUACGACCUAAAAGUGCAGCAAUACAAAGGCGAUCAGUAUUUGACAUAUUGGCAAGGUGACGACAGAGUUCGAGGCCACGGUGCUGGAGACUACUACAUGCUCAAUACUGGAUACCAAGAAGUACGCAAGAUCUCGGCUCUAAAUGGUCUGACAGCCGAUCUUCACGACCUCGUCAUUACGCCUCAAGGCACAGCGCUGCUCACUGUCUACGAGGUCUACCCACACGAUUUGAGCGAGCUCCGCAACUUCGAGGAGUGGGAAGAAGAUCCACAUUACAUCUGGGACAGCCUCUUUCAAGAGAUCGAUCUUGAGACUAAUGAGCUUCUGUUCCAGUGGCGCGCAUCAGAUCAUUAUUCCAUCAGCGAAACCUUCAAGUCGAUAGGAGGUGCAGGCACCCUUAAUGAGCCCUUUGACUGGUAUCAUAUCAACUCAGUGGAAAAGGACGAGUUCGACAACUACCUGGUCUCCGCGCGCUACACUCACACCGUAACGUAUAUCAAUGGCACUUCUGGAGACAUCAUUUGGAUCCUGGGCGGCAAGCGCAACAUGUUCAAAGACCUCAACGACGGAUUCGCCACAAAUUUCGCGUGGCAGCACGAUGCUCGAUUACACUCGAUCCAAGAGUUCCCUGAACUGUUCCGCGAAGACAUUGCACUCCAUGGAAGCAGUAAAGAGGCGGAUGGUAUUACGAAGCAGCUCGUUACUCUCUUCGACAACAGUGGAGAAGAUGUCGAACAUACGCUUGACUCGUCUCGUGGGCUUCUACUCGAGAUCACAUAUCCCUCCGCUCAUCUGCCAUUAUCUCAGCAUGACCUCGCUCAACGUGAUGACGCCCAGAUUCAGGACGACAGAUACUUGGCAAAAAUCGUUCGAUCGUAUGACCAUCCUCAGGGCCCUCUGUCAACUAGUCAAGGGUCGCUACAAGUAAUACCCUCCGAGGAUGACGGGACAGACUCUAAGGUGUUCGUCGGCUAUGGAUACAAUGCUAUUUUCUCUGAGUACAGCGCAGAUGGCACUCUCUUGUGCGACAAUCAUUUCGCAACUAAUUACUCAUGGGGUACCGGCCAGGUCCAAUCUUACCGUGCUUUCAAGUUUUCCUGGACUGGUCGCCCUGUGGAUCCCCCCACCGCAGUACUCUCGACUGAUGGUCAAGUUUACGUUAGCUGGAAUGGAGCCACCGAGGUCAGAGGAUGGGUUCUACAACACAGCCGUACAUUGUCUUCCGCCGGAAGUGACUGGAAGACCGUACUCGACAUCGAGAAAUCCGGCUUCGAGACUGUCAUUGAUAUCGAGGACGUUGAUUUACUUCGAUACAUCCGAGUCAAGGCGGUCGAUCAGGAUGGUGUGAUGUUGGGCGUGUCAAGAGAGAUCGACAUGGGCUGGAGUGCCGUUCUGACAAGCUCUGUGCCACAACUUAAUGCCAUCGAUAUGGCGCCUAUCAAGCUGAUUAUGUUGAUCUGCAUCAACGUCACCAUCGUGUUUGUAAUGUACGAGCUCUGCAGGCGUCUCUAUACGUGGCGUCAGUCUCGCAAAUGGCGGCAAAGAAGAGGGAUCCGCUUGUUGUCUGAUGCAUAG